AUGCCCGUCUCCGCGUCCAUCGAGAUCGCCCCCGGCGUGCACAUGCCGAGGAUCGGUCUCGGCACGCACCGCAUCGGCGGCGACGUCCUCGUGCGAUGCGUCCACGCCGCGAUGGACGCGAUCGGCGACGCCGGCGUCCUCCACGUCGACACCGCGUCGUGUUACAACAACGAAGCCGCCGUAGGAGACGCGAUCGAGUCGUCGUCGUUCCCGCGCGAGCGCGUCUUCAUCACGAGCAAGAUCGCCCCGAAGGAGAUGGGACGCGAGAAAACCCCGCGCGCGAUCGACGGCAUGCUCUCGCGGCUGCGCGUGGACGCGCUCGACUUGCUCCUCGUGCACUGGCCCGCGGCGGCGAAGGCGUCUCCGGACGAUCGCGCCGCGCACCGCGUCGCGAGACGAGAGACGUGGGACGCGAUGGAGCGCGCGCUCGCGGCGGGGAAAUGCCGCGCGAUCGGCGUGAGCAACUACACGAUCGAUCACAUGACCGAGCUGCUCGCGCACGCGUCGGUCAAGCCCGCGGUGAACCAGAUCGAGUUUCACCCGCGGUGCCCGCAACGCGAGGCGUCGGCGUUUUGCCGGGAACGCGAUAUCGCCGUCGUCGCGUAUUCGCCGCUCGGCGUCGGCGCGUUGAUCGACGACGCCGCGGUGAAACGCGCGGCGAUGGCCUUUCGAUGCGCCCCCGCGACGUGUUUGAUCGCGUGGGCGCUGCGUCGAGGUGUGGCGGUGCUGCCGAAGAGCGCGACGCCGGAACGCGCGAAGGAGAACGCGUCGCUCGAGCGGGCGUCGGACGCGAUGGACGCGAUGGGCGACGGCGACGGCGCGGAGAAGUACUGUUGGGACCCGAGCGUCGUGAGAUAG